AUGGAUCCUGUGGAAGGUAAAGAAGACGUCAUCAUCCCCUACCAAGAGGAGCUGAGUCUGCACGAUCUCACGGGUGUAUCAGUCUCUGAACAGACCAAGCCACAGCUUGCAAGAGAUUAUGCUCUCGUGGCAGGAACAGCAGAAGUGCGUUACGCAGCAGGUAUUUCGAAACAUGUGGCAUUUGUCAGAGGCGGGCCUGUUCAGCUGAUAAAGAAUUGGUUCAUCAUCGACGAUGAUCGGGACAGCGAUGGUCCGAAUGACCUGACUGAGAAUGGGUUAACCGUCCUAAAUCAAUUGCAAAGCCAAGGAAAUGUUACUAACAAGAACGUGUGGUACAAUAUCCUCCCGGAAAUCUUUGUCUAUGUUCGUACAGACGACGUUGGUGUGAAAGACCCCAAUUACCAACAAGAAUUCCUCAAGAAUUUCGGUCUAGUUAGCCCAGUCGACACCGACGAGGCAUACCGAGACAAACGCCUAGCAGGUCGUGGUGUAACAGAUAUCUUCACACAAACAAUCGGCAGGGGACUCUUGAAAUUUAAGGUACAACUAGCACCAGCUGAUCCAGGUCCUGACGAAAGCGUGCCUUUUACACUUGAGAUGGGCUACGAGCUGGAUAAGAAGCAAUGGAGCGUGAAAGAGAAAAUUUAUGGUAGACUCGAGCCACAUGAUGUCAACCAAGGUGUUCCCGAGGAAGCAGAGGAGACACCUAUCGAGCGCCAGCCCUUCAAGCGCUACCAGAAACGCGGAGUAGGCCCUGCAACUCCCAGGGAUACAUUCUUUCCAGCUGGCGUGUCAAGCACCGCCUACAUACAGCCAGGUAGCACCACUCAACCACGCAAAAUCCCCACCUUCGCUGAUAAAGCCUUCGCAACCACCGGCCAAGGCGCCUUCGACAGCGUCAACCAAAAUCCCUUCACCUCCACCGAUAACACGGAAGCCAGUGUAGACAGCAUGGACGUCGACGAGAAACUCACCACUAUCUGGGCUACGCGUCCGGAGAUCAGACAAGCAUUUGAGGAAGCUCAGCAAAAAGCGAAGCGCGAGGCGAACAGGGAUUACGAUCGAGAUACCUGGGGAGCUAAUCAAAAUAACGGUAAACAUGGUGGUGGUGGAAAGCAUCAUAAGCACGGUAAGCAUCAUGAUAGAAAGGGAGUGUUUGGCAAGAACUUCAAGGGCGGUAACAAUGGACAUGGGCAUGGCGGAAAGCAUCAUGGUGCAUUCGGUGAUGGCAAUCACAUGGGUAAAGGUGGAAACCGUGGUGGAGUCAGAGGAAGACGUGGUGGAAGGGGUCGUGGAAGAGGACGUGGGCAGUGA